AUGAUAUUUUUAGUAAUAAUAUAUUCUGUAUUAUUUAUAAAUACAUUAAAUGGUUGUUCAUGUCGAUUGAAAUCUAUUCAAGACAUCAUCUGUAGCAGUGAUUGGGUAUCACAUUUAACUGUUCUUGGAAAGUAUGAUAUAUUACCUGUUGAUGGAAAUGUAGAAGGUCCACAAAUAGUUGGUAAUUUUAUGUAUGUUACUUUACAUAAAGAAAUUUUUAAAAUUUCUGAUAAUGAAACUGAAAUUGAGCCAUUAAUUUUUACACCAAAAAAUGAUAUAUUAUGUGGAAUUCCUGAUCUUGUUGUUGGAAAAGAAUAUUUACUUGCAGGAUAUUAUACAGGAGAUGUUAAUAGAAUAAGAUUAUGUGAUCAAAUGUCACCAGAAAAAAGUCCACGUUUCAUUUACCCACCAGAAUGGUAUCAAAUAUCUGAAGAAAUAAAAAAAAAAUUAAGGGGAAAUAGUUACAAUUGUGAAUGA